GCAGCGGCGAGGUCUGGCAACACUGACCCCAACACAACAACACUAAGGGUGCGUGGUGGCGCAGGUCGACUGGCUUGUGCUCCUCUCAUUUACACUUUCUCUGGCAGAGGGACAUGUGAAUCAUGUAGAUUGUGAAUGCAAAGCCUACUGGUUUAUAGUUUGCAGUGCCCCUUGGAUGCACUUGAAAAUAAGCACCACCCAGACCUAUCACUGGCAAUAAAAAAAUAAGUUAACACAGUGAGAAACGAAACCAUCAAAAAAUACGGUGGCGUUAGUGCUUGACGUCAUUGGAUUGUCCUUGGAAGUACAAGUAUGAUCCACUUGGGAUAUGUAUGACGUAUCUUUGCCAGAAGACAUCCCAAGAAUUGCAUAAUUAUCAAGAAAAUUAAAUGUUUACGAGUGAAAGAACGUAUCUCAGCAGAUUUUGUCAAGCUUAUUAAUACAUAAUUGAGAUUUUAAAAGUAUUUAUAGUGAAUAAACAUUAAUCAUGGGUGUAAAGGGCUUGUGGAAGUUGAUAGAAAGUACUGGAGUGCCAGUACCUCUUGAAACCUUGGAACAUAAAAUUUUAGCUGUUGAUGUAUCCAUUUGGCUUCAUCAGGCUGUAAGAGGCUUUAGAGGACCAGGAGGAGCUGCUGUUGCAAAUGCACAUCUCCUGACUCUGUUUCAUCGAAUUUGUAAACUACUCUUUUAUCGUAUAAGACCUGUGUUUGUGUUUGAUGGUGGUGUUCCCUAUCUGAAGAAGCAGACCCUAGCCUCACGAAAAAUAAGGCGGGAUGUAGCUGCAAGUAAAGCUCAGCAAGUGCGAGAACGGCUUCUUAAAAAUCUCCUGAAAAGUCAAGCAGUCCGAAAAGCUUUGGGGAGGUCAGGGCCUGGUCCAAGUAUUGCCCAUGUAGCGAGACCUCAGAAAAAAGAAAAAGAUAUGUUUGAACUCCCACCAAUUCCUGAUUCUGAAAAUCAAUUGACUUCUCUGAAGUCUGAAGAUUCUGAAGAUGAAGGUGAUUACAUUUUAAAAAAUCUGAAAUUGCCAAACCUCCAUCAGUUUGAUUUUGAAAGUAAGGAAUUUAAAUCUCUAGCAAUAGAAACCCAGCAUGAAAUCCUUUGUGAACUUCAGGACACACGUAAGCAGAAUUCUUGGAGCAGCAUUAAUGAAAUGCCUCGGCAAUCUGAAAGCUUUGCUGAAUUCCAAAUGGGUAGACUUAUGAAAAGACGCAACUUUCAGGCUACAUUAGAUUCAACGCGGGAUGAAAUAAGGAAAAGAAAAGCUGCUGAAAUGGAGGCCGAGAUGUUCGGAGAGUUGCAGAAACAUGUUAGUCUGUCCCAGCGAAUCAUUUCUGAAGAUGAUGCUCAUUCCAUUCUUGUGAAGAGGAUAAAGAAUGAUGAAAAAUGUAAUGAUGCUGCUGAAGUGUUGAAAGUAGACAAGGGUAAGUCUCCUAUGAAAAAAAGAAACCAAGGUUUUGGAAAAGAUUUUUUGACUGAGUUAGCCAAACAGGGAGUUGUCAGGGCCUACCCUCAUACUGAUUCUGAUUCUGAUUUUGAAGAUACAUGUUAUCCAUUAGAAAAUUCAGACAAAGAUUACUCAAGUGAAAACGAAAUUGGAGGUAAAAGAUCAGUUGACACUGAGGAGGAAGGUUUCCUCAAUAUUGUUAGCUCACUUAUGGAGAACAGUGGCUUGACACAAGAAGAAAUCCUUACCAUGAUAAAACAGGAGAGCAGUAGCCAAGGUCAGCAGGAGCACAGUAGUGAAAAGGAAAGUGGGCCAUCGACGUCAGAAAAUGCUCCAGGGUUUGUUUGUAAUCCUGAUGCUGAUUCAGCAUCAGAUGAUGAUGAGGACUUCAUAGAAGUUUUGGAAACUUCAUCCCAGCAGUUUCCCCAAAGCAAACAGGAAAAAGAUGCAAUUGCAGAAAAGGCAGAAGCAGAUAAUUUAGAUAAGUUAUUAUCAACAAAGAGUGACAGUUUAUGGAUGAAAAUCAUUCACCAGAAGCUGGAUGAUAUGGUACACACAAAUGCAUUUAAAACCUCCCCCAAAAAAGCCGUUUUAGACAGCCGCAAACUCAUUUCUAGUAAGGUUAAUAAAGAGGAUAAUAAUGAUAAUGGAGUUGAAAAUUUAAAAGCUGUUAAAAUUUCUUUGGAUUUUGAUGUCAAACCUUUGAAAAUGGAAGAUGAUAUUUUUGCUGACAUUUUUACUGAGAUUAACAAACCACUUUCAAACCUUAAACAAAAUGCAAAUAAAAAUGAUCCUGCAAGAUUAGUAAAACCUCAGGUAAAUAUUCAGGACUCUGUUAACAAAGCAACAAAUGGAAGUAAUGUAAAUUUGACAAAGAAUACUAACAAAAAUGAGUUGUUACUUUCUCAACCAGGAAUUGAUUCUGCAAUAGAAGACAGGUUGCAUGGUAGUACUUGUUCUUUGAAGAUUUCUGCCUCAGAACAACUUUGUACAAAGGAUCCCAAAAUUUCAUCAGUUUGUUCUGCUAGAGAAAUGUCCAGUACAAAACAUAAAAACCUAGAAGUUGAUAAGGCAUUGCAGAACAAGGUAAAUGAACUUGUUAAAUUGAAAAUUGAAGAAUUGGUGAAUAGUAAACAAAAGCGGUCAGAUCUUGAUAACUUAUCCAUAAUGGAAGAACAAGAUCAGGAUGAUGUAGAACUGAUGAGUUCCAGUGAGGAGAGUGAUUGUGAUGAAAUGGCUAAGAACCAUCUACAGCUGGCAGAAAAGCCAAAAUUAAAUACAGUGUGUACAACUAUAGCAACCACAACAACAGAUGCCAUGCAUGUGUUGUCUCCUUCAGAUAGUGCAAGCAACAGUAACAUUGAGGAAGUAUGGGAAAGGGAUAAAAAUACAUUAAAUGUUAAAAUUAAUUGUGAAGCAAGUAAAGCGAGCAGUAAUGCACAACAGGAAAAUGGAAUUAACUUUAAACCUGUCGUAGAACAGCAGUCAAGACACACCAAAUCAGUUCUAGUCACUGAUGGGGAAAAUGAUAACAGAGAGAAUACUUCUGAUCAAGAAUGCCUUAAAAAGCAGCCUGUUGUGAAAAAUGCUAACACUAACAUUGAUCAUGAAGCUCAAGAGAGAGAUUUGGAUUCAAGAACAAAGUGUGAUCAAACAUUGAAUUUGUUAAAUAAAACAGAAAGUGAGAAUGUUGAGGUGGUUGAAAGACCCCAGAAGAUUUCUGAGGAUGAACUGAAGCACUUGGAAGGAGAACUGGCUGCAGAACAAAAAACUUUGGUGGCUCAGGCACAAAAAUCAGACCGAAUUGCCUCUAAUCUCAACGAGCAAAUGUAUGGGGAGUCACAGCACCUUUUACAACUUUUUGGCAUUCCUUAUCUUGUAGCACCAAUGGAGGCAGAAGCACAAUGUGCUUUUCUUGAUUCUGUGAAUCUCACUGGAGGGACUAUUACAGACGAUUCUGAUAUAUUUCUGUUUGGUGGGUGCAAGGUUUACAGAAAUUUCUUUAAUCAAGCUAGACAUGUAGAAUUUUUUAACACUGGCAACAUUAAAGCUAACAUAGGAUUAGAUCGGCACAAAAUGAUCACUUUAGCUCUUCUUACUGGGAGUGAUUAUACUGAAGGUGUAGAAUCAGUUGGAUCUGUAACAGCCAUGGAAAUCCUUGCUGAAUUUCCUGGAGAAGGUAUUGAAUGUCUUCACAAUCUUAAAAAAUGGUGGAAUUCUGCUCACAAAAAUGUCACCUCAAUGUUUGCUUCUAAAGUGAAGCAAAAACUGUCUCGUGUAAUGCUUUUGGAAUCUUUUCCAAAUGAGAGAGUUUAUGAAGCAUAUCUUGAACCAGAAGUAGAUGAAUCAAGAGAAAAGUUUACCUGGGCUGUCCCUAAUGUAGAAGCUUUACGCACAUUUACAAUGGAGAAAUUUGGUUGGAAUCUUGCUAAGGCUGAUGAGAUAUUAUUACCAGUUUUGAAAAAAUUGGGAGUGAAAACAUCUCAGAUGAGGAUUGAUUCCUACUUUACUAACAUUAAGCUUGUAAAAGAACCAAAAAUAACCAGCAAGCGCAUGCAAGAUGCAAUUGCAAAGGCAAAAGGGGAGAGCCCACCCAGUUGUGGAUCAUCGACAGUGAUGAAUAAAUUAAGAAAAUCCUGCAUAAGAGGUAAGCCAGAGAAAAAGAAGAGAAACUUAAAAGAUUCUGAAAAUAUGUUGGAUGAAGCUGCAGAUGAUGGCUCUGCAGUUAUGGUGGACAGUUUGCCAGCAACUGACAAACCAACAUCCUCAAAACCCUCGAAAACUUUAUUAAUGGACCCAUCGGAGAGUAGCAGCAACAUAAUCGAGUCAUCCGAACCAAAGAGAAAGCGCAAAAAGAAGUCUGAGAAUUCAAAAGAGAAAGUCAUGCCGACAUCAUCUGCAAGUGACAAUGAUAAUCAACCACCAAGAAAGCUAACCAAGGAAAUCAUGUAUAAGGCUCUGUUAGAAAAAGAAACCAUUAGUCAAAGGGAAUCUGAUAAAAUGAAAAUGCAAGAGAAAAAGUUGGCAGCAGCUCAGCUAUUAAAGAAGCAACGUGGGUCAGGCAAAGCAUUUAAGAGGUGAUAGGUAGAAAUACUAUACAAGUACAUACCUACAAUUUUUUUUUUUAUCUUUUUUACUAUUAAAUAUAUGAGCUUAUGUUGAAGCUAAGAUAUAACUGGAUAGUUUUUUUUAGUUACACAUUUCCAAUAGUAUAUUUAUAUCUGACACUGAAUUAUUGAAAUGUUACCAUUUUAAUUUGUUUGAUUAGAACCUGUGAAUAUGGAAAAAUAUAUUUUUGAAGGAAUCCUUGCAUUAGAUACCUAUUUUGUUUUUUUUAUGUAUGUGUUAUUUUAAAUUACUGUAUCUGGUAAUGUCUUUUCUCAUAUUGCUGUGUUGUCUUUGUUCAAUACUAAUAAAAAUGACUUCAC